CUGGCCUCCUGGGGGAUGGGCCACCAGGAAUCUCCACUGACCAGAGCAGCGGCGGGAGGUGCAGCUUACAUAAAGAGGUUACGUAAAGUGCUCAGCUGGCGCGAACUCGAGGACAGCCACGGGGAUCUGGAAGCCCAGGCCUCCCCCGGGAGCGUUGCUGUCACUGCAGGAGCAGCGCCGCGACCGGCUGCACGUCUCGCCCGGGUCACCGCCUCGCGCCCUACUCGGCUCGGCAGACAACCUCGGCUCGGAACGGACCAUCCUCCGGCGCGGGCUCCAGGGGGGAACCGGUCCGCCCGGAAGUGGAACAGCGCCGGGCAGAUCACAAUCCAAGGUACCGCUCCUCCGCAUCUCGGGGCUAGACGGAGGGAUGAGGCAGGGGGGGCCCGGGCGGCGCCGUUGCUGCUCCCCCCGCCUCCCGCAGCCAUGGAAACGGGGCAAGAGAACGGAGCCCGCAGAGGGACAAAAAGCCCGGAGCGGAAAAGGCGAAGCCCAGUGCAGCGGGUGAUCUGCGCGAAGCUGAGGCCGGCGGCCCAGGCCAUGGAUCCCGCUUUGGCCGAGGCCCCGGGCGAGGCCUUCCUGGCCCGGCGGCGGCCAGAGGGCGGCGGCGGCGGCGGCGGUAGCCCUGCUCGGCCGCGCUACAGCCUGUUGGCAGAGAUCGGGCGCGGCAGCUACGGCGUGGUUUAUGAGGCUGUGGCUGGGCGCAGUGGGGCCAGGGUGGCAGUCAAGAAGAUCCGCUGCGACGCCCCCGAGAACGUGGAAUUGGCGCUAGCUGAAUUCUGGGCCCUGACCAGCCUCAAGCGCCGUCACCAGAAUAUCGUGCAGUUUGAGGAGUGCGUCCUGCAGCGCAACGGGUUGGCCCAGCGCAUGAGUCACGGCAACAAGAACUCACAGCUGUACCUGCGCCUGGUGGAGACUUCACUCAAAGGAGAAAGGAUCCUGGGCUAUGCUGAGGAGCCCUGCUAUCUCUGGUUUGUCAUGGAGUACUGUGAAGGUGGAGACCUCAAUCAGUAUGUCCUGUCCCGGAGACCAGACCCCGCCACCAACAAAAGCUUCAUGCUACAGCUUACAAGCGCCAUUGCCUUCCUGCACAAAAACCACAUCGUGCACAGGGACCUAAAGCCAGACAACAUCCUCAUCACAGAGCGGUCUGGCACCCCCAUCCUCAAGGUGGCAGACUUUGGACUGAGCAAGGUCUGUGCAGGGCUGGCACCUCGAGGCAAAGAGGGCAAUCAAGAUAACAAAAAUGUGAAUGUGAAUAAAUACUGGCUGUCCUCAGCUUGUGGCUCAGACUUCUACAUGGCUCCCGAAGUCUGGGAGGGACACUAUACAGCCAAGGCGGACAUCUUUGCCCUGGGCAUUAUCAUCUGGGCAAUGAUAGAAAGAAUUACUUUUAUUGACUCUGAAACCAAGAAGGAGCUCCUGGGGACCUACAUUAAACAAGGGACUGAGAUCGUCCCUGUUGGUGAGGCGCUGCUAGAAAACCCAAAGAUGGAGUUGCAUAUCCCCCAGAAACGUAGGACUUCCAUGUCUGAGGGGGUGAAGCAGCUCUUGAAAGACAUGUUAGCUGCUAACCCACAGGACCGACCUGAUGCUUUUGAACUUGAAACCCGAAUGGACCAGGUCACAUGUGCUGCUUAAACUCCAGGGCUGAACGUCUUGGGUGUUUUUAAACUAGGUCGAUCCUUCGGGACCCACAGCCUCAUCAUGUCUCGGACAGGAUGGCAGAGGGUACAGGUGGUGGCGAUCUCCUGACAGCUGGACCUCCCACAAUGUGAAGCUUUUGCUUGGGUUUCCCACGCUACCCUUUUCUUUUUCCUUUGUUAUAAUAAUAAUUAUUAUUUUAAACAUUAAACCAUCAAGACUUCUGAAGAGCAGAAGGCUACACUCUGGACAGGCA